UUAAAAAUAUUUUUGUGACUUAGAAAGAGAAAACUCGAAAAUAUCGGGGAAAAUCUUGUAUUCGUUUUCUUAAAAAAUAAUCGUAAUCAUAAUAUACCGCGUAGUUCGAAAGGACAAAAUUCAUCGAUCAUCAAGAUGGAUCAAACCUAUUCAUUUCCAUUGCUGACUGUCGAUCAAAUCGUUCAGGAUUUGAAUUUUCUAGCUGAUAUGCAUUUGGAGGAGAAAGAUUUCAAACAGCCAUCAAGUCAAAGAUGGCUGAAGAUUUAUUGUCGAUUAGUAGAGAUGAUUUCAGGAGUUUCAUUAGAGAGCAUAAUACAGCAAACAUUGUACGUGACGGAUGAGAUGGAGUAUCCAGAAUUGUAUGAAGAGGCCAUUGAGAUUGUGGUUCUGUCCCUCACAUUGAAAAGGAUGUUGUCAUCCUGUGGAAUUGCUGAUUUUUCUGUAAAGGAUGUCAAAGAACCAUCUCCUAACCGAGUUCUUAAGAUCAUGUGUGCUGUUGCUAAUAUGAUCAAAUUUCAAUCGGGCAGAAUUCAGUUGUAUCAGGACUUAAAAGAGGAAAAUGACCAAUUUCGAGAUCAAUUUGAUCACAUGAUUAAGAAACGAGAUGCAACCAAAGCAAGGAUCCAAGAGCUUAAGGAAAACAAACUUAACAAUGAACUAGAAUUUACCAAGGUAAAUAUCUUAAAGAAUUUAAACAGAUCACCAACACAUAUUGAGAAUGCAGGAUACACUUUAUUGGUUGACCAGUUUCGACCAGGGGGCGGUCGUCAUCAGAAGGUCCAGGAGCAGUUGGAGAUUCUUAAUGGCAAAAUGCAGGAGCAACUCAAGAAGCAAGCUGUAAAACAAAAAGCUGCCAAUGAGGUCAAGGUCAGACGAGCUGAGAAGGUCGCAAUUAAGGACAAAAUCAAACUGGCUAUUAGUCAGUGUGAAGAAGAAGGACAGAAACUCAGUCAGAAGAUCGUUCAGUCCCCUGAAAAAGUCAAAGUGGAACAAGAGAUGAUGAAACAGCAUCUGCUGGAGCUUCGAGGAAGUCUGGAGAAGAAACGGCAACAGUUGGAGGCCAAGGGGCAACAAGUGGAGGAAUUCAAAGUAUCCAUUGCAAACAGCGAGAGGGCUACCAAACUGAUACAUACUAUAAAAGUUGACAUGGACUUGACAGAAGCAAAGGCCAAUGAGAUAACAGCUUACAGAGAGAAGACGAUGGACAAAAAAGACUCCCUGAGAGAUUUCAAGAAGAAGAUCGAGAUUGUAGAGGAAAACAUAGCCAACAAGCAGGAGAAAUUGUACAAACUGUCACUACAGCAACAGAAUAAAACCAAGGGCAUGCAACGAACCUUAGAACAAGUUCAGGAGGAACGGUCUAUCAUGAUACAACAAUUCGGUGAACGGGAGAAGGUCUUGCAGGAGUUGGAGGAACAGCGACAGCAUUGUCUGACUGUUCUUCAGGAAAAACAGCGUGCACAUGCAGAGAAAGUCAACGGCAUUAUGGGAAUUUACUCAGAAAUGGUUGGGACAGUGGACAAACAUCACACUAAAAUUGGUCAAGGAUGGAACAAAGUCAGAGAGGCCUUUAACGAGUAAAGACGUCAACAAACGCAGAUCUGUCGUGACGUGUAGCUCUAAACUGACAGAUUUUUAUGGCUUUUCAGUUAUCUUUUUCAUUUUCAUUUAUCUAACUGUAUCUGUACAGGACUACAGCAUUGUGUAGCGGUAUAUUACACUUGUUUAUGUUAUAAAACAAGACUUUAGCAUUGUAUAGUUGUAUAACUUGAGUGUAAACAAACCAGGACUUUAGCAUUGUGUUGCGGUAUAUUACACUUGUUCAUGUUAUAAAACAAGACUUUAGCAUUGUAUAGUUGUAUAACUUGAGUGUAAACAAACCAGGACUUUAGCAUUGUGUAGCGGUAUAUUACACUUGCUCAUGUUAUAAAACAAGACUUUAGCAUUGUGUAGCGGUAUAUUACACUUGUUCAUGUUAUAAAACAAGACUUUAGCAUUGUGUAGCGGUAUAUUACACUUGUUCAUGUUAUAAAACAAGACUUUAGCAUUGUGUAGCGGUAUAUUACACUUGUUCAUGUUAUAAAACAAGACUUUAGCAUUGUGUAGCGGUAUAUUACACUUGUUCAUGUUAUAAAACAUAACUUCAGCA